CAACACGGGGGGGCGUAUCAGAUUGAAAUAAAUCGCUAAUAAAUGCAAAAUAUUCGCUAUACAUGAAUCGUCUUGUGGUUAUUAUGUUCAAAGAAACCAGUUUAAUAUUAUCUUCCGAUGAGUAAACUUUCUGUUUGUUUCUAUUACGUCGGCAUUUUCGUGCGCUAUAAUCAUUAGAGCAUAAAGAAUUAAAGUACUGUAAACAAGUAUAUUUUUGUUUAAAAUUAAUUUGUGUCUGAUAAGUUAUAUUGUGGCUGAUACAAAUGAGAGUCUGAAGUGAUUGAUGUUCUCACUAUUGAGAAGCAGAGCGGCGAAAAAAUGGCUGAUUUAAUACGUGCCGUGGGGGCGCCGAACGGACCCCCUGUAAUGUUAGGAUCGCCGUCGACGGAGUCUGAGGACGGCGGUGGCGAUCUGGCAGAGCUGGCAGCAGACCUUGAGCUGGAUGAGGCAGAUGGACCAAGUACCAAUGGUGAACGGCAAGCGGUGCUAGCACCGCCUGAAACAGAAUGGUACCAUGGCCGCCUAGAUCGGUACACCUCCGAGGAGCGGCUGUAUGCGGCCGGCAAGCAAGGCAGCUAUUUAGUCCGUGAAAGCGAUCGCAAGCCGGGAUCGUACGUGCUGAGUUAUUUGGGCCGCACUGGUAUUAAUCACUUCAGAAUAACAGCAGUAUGCGGCGACUAUUACAUCGGGGGUCGCCAGUUCGACUCCCUGACGGAGCUGGUGGGGUUCUACAGCCACUGCUCGGACCUGCUGAAGCGAGAGCGCCUGGUGGAGCCCGUAGCGCCGCCGGAGCCCGUCAAUGAUAAAAAGAGAGUGGUGGCCAUUUUGCCCUACACGAAGAUGCCUGACACUGACGAGCUCACCUUCCAAAAGGGUGACAUUUUCUUCGUACACAACGAUAUGGGCGACGGGUGGCUAUGGGUCACGGCUCAUAGGACUGGGGAGCAAGGAAUGAUCUUCAGAGAGCUGGUCGAAGACCUGGACCCAUCUAUAGAUCCCAACACUGUGUUCUCCUGGUUCCACCCCAACUGCACUAAGAGUGAAGCGGUAGACAUGCUCGUGAAAGCCGGCCCGGGGAGCUUCCUUGUCCGGCCUUCUGACAACUCCCCCGGAGACUAUUCCCUGUUCUUCCACAUCAACAAUCAGAUACAGAGGUUCAGGAUUGAGAAGAAGGGGGUGCGGUAUCUGAUGGGAGGGAGGACGUUCGAGUGUUUGGACGCGGUCAUCAAUAGGUACAGGAGAGAGCAGAUUGUGGAAGGACAUACUUUGGGCCAACCGCUAAUCGCCGAGGGCCACGUGAUCGAGCCGCAGCAGACAACAACCGGCGCGGCGGCCGAGAAGAUAUACGCGACGCUGCGCGAGUGCCGCGACCAGAUCGGCCUCAAGAAGAUGAAGGGCAUCAAGCACCAGGGCUACCUCAACAAGAAGUCAGAUAAGGGCGCUAAAAAGUGGAAGGCACUGUACUUCGUUCUGCUGCAAGAGGGCACCGACACGCAUCUGUAUUUCUACGACUCGCCGAAGCGGACCAAGCCGAAGGGGCUGAUCGAUCUGUCGUGCGCGUAUCUGUACCAGGUGCACGAGUCUCUGUGGGACCGGGCGUUCUGCUUCCAACUGGUGGAGCGGGCGCUGCCGUGCCUGUCCACGCACACGUUCCUGGCGGCCAACAGCGCGGCCGACGAGCGCGCGUGGCUCGACGCGCUGCGCCCGCUGUGCGUGCAGCAGGCGCGCCACCAGUGCAAGGUGGCUCGCGUGGUGUGGCUGCGGCUGCUGCGCGUGCGCUGCCUGACGGCGCACCGGCUGCCGGCGCGCCUGGCGCCGCGCCCGCACCUGCGCCUGGCGCUGGGCGCGGCGCCCGUGGCGCGCACCCGCCCGCGCCCCUCGCCCGACCCGCACUGGGACGACGAGUUCGUCUUCGAUGACGUGCCCCCAGAUGUGACAUCAUUCACUAUCACUGUUCACAACACGGGAAAGAGGGGAAAAGAAUCCGAGGUAGCGGAGCUAACUAUUGAACUGGCGAACCUGGCCAACGGAGAGGAGAUCGAAGAGUGGUAUCCACUGGCAGGAAUGACUCCUAUUGGCGAAUGGGGCUCCCUGAGGCUACGUAUUAGGUACAUGCAAGAACUGGUGAUGCCGCGCGAGGAAUACAAUCCGUUGCGUCAACUGCUCUUAGAGCCUGGCUUGCCUGCUGUCAAGGCCCUAGCUGAUCUGUGCCGCACGGACCGACAGCCGCUCGCCACAGCGCUUCUGCACGCGUUCACGGAGUGCGGGCGCGGCGCGGAGCUGGCGCGCGAGCUGGCGGGCGCGGAGGUGGCGCGCGAGGGCGACCACCGCACCAUGUUCCGCGGCGCCUCGCUCGCCACCGCCGUCGCCGACGAGUUCAUGCGCGCGCAGUGCAAGCCCUUCCUGCAGGCAGCCAUAUCAGAAACAGUGCAGAAAUUAUCGAAUGAAACGAAGCAGUCCGCAGAACUGAACCCCACUAAAAUGGACUCCCCAGAAGACGCGUGUGCCAACGCGGAAUACCUUCUUCAGAUUCUGGAUCAGAUAACCCACUCGAUAUUCAUGUCGCAUGAGACGUGUCCACGGCCCGUGCGCUACCUGUGUGGGUGUCUGCAGCGUGCUGCGAUGGCCAAGUGGCCUAAUGAGAGAUUCGUGCGCACCCGAGUUGUAUCAGGGUUCAUCUUCCUGCGGCUGAUCUGCCGCGCGCUGGUGGAGCCUCGCGCUUGGGGGCUGGUGGCGGCGGCGCCGUCGCCGCACGCGCAGCGCUCGCUCGUCAUGGUCGCCAAGUGCCUGCAGAACCUCGCCAACCUCGUCGAGUUCGGGGCUAAGGAACCAUACAUGGAAGUAGUGAACCCCUUCAUACUGAAGAAUAAGGAGCGGAUGGUAGUGUUCCUCGACCAGCUGAGCAACAUGCAGGAGCCUGGAAACGCGCCGCCCAAUACCAAUAACAACCUUGAUAUCGCUAAAGAGCUAGCGACGCUGCACCACAUCUGCGUGUCGCACCUGGCGGAGCUGCAGACGCUGGCCAAGACGCAGCCCGCCAUCAGGAAGCUGGUCACCGUCACCGAGAUGCUCACCAAACACAAGCACAAGUACUUGGAGAUGAUCAGAUAGGACGCGUCACGUGACACAGGUAAAUGUCC